GUACCAAUUGCCGCAGCAGAAGCAGCAGGUGUGCGCAGCUAAGAGGUUUGGGGAGCGGCCGCUGCCGUUGAGAAGCCGAGGCAUUACUGCAUUUCAGAAUGGAGCCAUCUCCAUUUAACCGAAGGCAAUGGGCUUCACAUUCACUGAGGAUAACCGCCAAAGAAUUGUCUCUCGUCAACGCGAAUACAUCAUCGGCUCUCCUACAGAGGUUCUCCAAGUACCAGAAGGCAGCUGAAGAAGCGGCUGCGGAAAAAAAAAGAAGCACCAUUGACCCACUUCCCCCUCAUUUUAAAAGGGGGAACCUCAGCAUCUUGAAGAAGAAGUGGGAAAAUCCAAGCUUGGAGACGGAAGUCCGGAAGGAAGCUGUGGAAAGCUGCCGUACUGAGGUUAGGCAGAAGGCUGUCAGCCCUGGUGGUGGAACUGAAAGCGGCUCUGCGUCCUUAGCAGAAAUUAACAAAACUUCAGGGAUUAGUCCAAGAUUGAGACUUCAGUCCUCUUCCAGAUUGUUUGGCCGGUUCAGAUAUCCCAGUGUUGGCAGCGAAGACGAUAAAACGCAGUCAUCUCAGAGUGGGGAAAUGGAAAAUUGUCUUAGAGAAUCCAGACAAGACAUAGGAAAGCUGGAGACCAGUGAAAUCCCUGAAUCGUCAGGGAAAAUAGAGAAGUUUAAUGUUCCUCUAAGCAAACUAAAGAUGAUGUUUGAGAGGGGGGAUGCAGUUCAAACAAAGCAGGUUGUUCAUGACCAUGGCAGAGCUGCUGAGGGUAGGAUGAUCUCAGAGAGCCACUUCUUUUCAGAGGACCUUGACUUACCUCAUCGAGAAAGAAGCCACAAUUCUUCACUUUCAAGCCCAGAGAAAGCAGAGAACAGGAGAAACCUAGAAAUACCUCGCUUUUCAGAAACAUCCAUCAAGGAUAGGCUUGCUAAGUACCAAGCGGCUGUAUCCAAGCAGAAUGGCUCUCACAGUUAUGUGAAUGAGAUUCAAACUAAUGAAAAUGAAGACAAAGACUACAAUUAUGAGCAGAAGGAGAAUUUGCCACCAUGUUCUGACAAUUUCUUUCCUCAGCACAUUGAAGAAAAGGUUUUAGUAGGAGAUGGUUUGAAUUCCAGUCUCUGUGAAGAUGGCACUGCCGGGUGUAACUUCCAGAAAGAGAUUGAAGUUGCAAGACCUGUCCAUGCCAAACAGCAAAGUCCUAAUUCUAGAGCAUCUACUCAGUCCGACAGCUCUCCUCCCAAAGCAGUGAAGAAAUUUCAGGUGCCAGCAAAGGAAAUAUGUAUUGCUUGCAAGAAGACGGUAUAUCCAAUGGAGCGUCUCUUUGCCAACCAGCAAGUCUAUCACAUUAGCUGUUUCCGUUGUUCUUACUGCAGUAGCAAACUCACACUUGGAACAUAUGCUUCUCUUCAAGGACAUGUUUACUGCAAGCCUCACUUUAACCAGCUCUUUAAAUCCAAAGGUAAUUAUGAUGAAGGUUUUGGGCAUAAGUCUCACAAAGAACUAUGGGCAAGCAAAACUGAGACUGAUGACUGUGUUGGAAAUGCUGUGGAAGCCCCUCAUAGUCCAGGAGUAGAAGAUGCCCCAAUUGCAAAAGUUGGGGUUUUAGCUGCCAGCAUGGAAGCAAAAGCCGCUGGAAUGUCUGAGAAGGAGGAAAAAACUACAGAGACAAAAAAGUUGAAGAUUUCCUGGCCGCCAUCUCCCGAACAAGGCAGUCAUGGGAGUGUCUUGGAAGAAGGCAUUAAAGUAUUCAAACCAAAGUGGCCUCCAGAGGAUGAGGUCCAGAAACCAGAUCCCCAGGAAGAAGUGGAUCAAGAUCUUAAGAAGCUACGCAGAACAUCAUCAUUAAAAGAAAGAUGUCGACCAUUUACGGUAGCUGCCUCAUUUAGAACAGUAUCUGUGAGGAAUUAUCGAAUGGAAAACUCAUCUCCUCCCAAGCAUGAAACAAGUACAACAAGGCAGAGUGAUGAGCUUGUGAAGGAAAUGGUGGUCAAAAACAAACCAAAGGAAGAAAGCAGUACAAUCGAGUAUGUUGGUACCCCAAAUACUGCUGAGAAGGAUAGAGAACUAGAUCAGGAAAAAGAAGAAGCACAAAAUGAAGCGUCCCUAUUUAAGAAUGGGCAGAAUAAUGCUGAACCUGAGGAGGAGGAAGAGGAGGAGGAAGAAGAAAAAUGUCCAGUGUCUCUUCAGGAAGAACCAAUGAUGUGUAUCUCUCCAGAAUAUUCAUCCUUGAUUCUCUCAAAUGAAAAAGAAUUCUCCACUAAUCCAAAUUAUAGAUCCAAAGAUGCAGGGCUUUUUGAAGGAGAAGACCAAGAAGGUUUAACUGUGGAAGAACAGAUCAAGAAGAACAGAUACUAUGAUGAAGAUAAUGAUGUAGAAUAGAUUUUAUUUUCUUUCUUCUUUAAAUAGAGGACUUACUGAACAAUGCAGGGCCUUAAGUUGGAGUUUAAUGUUUUGUUCUUUCCUAAAGCCAGGUAGCUUUAUGAAAGUGACUUUGUGUUGCAAAUUAGUGUGAAAAUCACAUAACUUUUUGGAUCUGUUUUAUAGGAAUAUAUUUUGGAACAUGCAAGAAUGUUACCAAAUGAUAAAGCUUAAAUGCUUAAAAUUGUGGAGAUAGCUGCUGCCUCAGUUGAGUAAAAAUGCAUUUCACAUUUCAUUCUGUAAGUUAAGACACUUAAAAGGCAUUGUAUUCUCUUCUGCUUACCACAGUUUCAGCCAUUUCACAAUUGAGUGAAAGAGAUAGGGCUUUGAUAUACUUAAUUAUGACAUUAUCAGUACUAACAAUACUACUGCAGAGCUUCCAGAUCAGUUUCCAAGGGAUAUGGACUACUUUAAAAAAGACUGCACUUUAAUGUAUAUAAAAAAACAGAGUAAUACUUUUUUUAAAUGGUGGUAACACUGUUUUCAAGAGGUAUUGUUCAGUACCUACAGUAUGAUAUGCAGUCUGCAAUUUGAUAGAAGAGGAAGGCUGACUUUGCUUGAUCAGGAUUAGGAGAGAAUCUUUCCACUUUGCCUUUUAUUUUAUUUUAUUUUGUCUAUACAACUCUAGUUGUAAAUUGGCAUCCAGGUGGCUAUGAAUCAAUAGGCUUUCUCUAAGUUGGGCUUAGGAGCAUCCUUGUUCCCAAGAAUCAGCUAAAGGAUGACAAAGCUUCUGUCUUUCAGAAAAUGUCUUUCAGAUAACCUUCUAUACUUCUUGUACCGAAUAACAUUUUCCUCUUGAAAACUUUAUUCUCUCUUUUGACAAGCAGUCAGAGUUCUCUAUGAAUCAAACUGCCAGAUUUGACUCAGUGUGAAAAAUCUAUACAAUCGCAAACUUUUUCUUUUCUUUUUGGAGACUGAUAGCCUUAUGUGUUUAGAGCUUUUCAACUUGGCUUCUUGUGUUAUAUGAAACAUAGUGUUUUCAAUUGGUUAAAUGCUUUGUUGUAAUAAUUUUAAUAGGGUUAUGAUGCGCCUUAGAUUCAAUUCCAAAAUGGAACUUAAAAGUCUGUGGAGUGUAAAACAUAGUAACUUCGGGCAGCUAUUUAAAGCAUCCGUGUCUUUUUCCAGAUCAGAAGGCAACUGCAGAGGGAAGAUGAGCAAUCCUGGGAAAAGAUGUGGCUACUUUAAAAAGUUGCAGACCAAUGCUUAGUUCACACAUUUCCAUGUUGUGAAGCACCUUUGGGAACGGGUUCUGAUGCACUGUAUAGCCCUUAUUUUUAAUUUGUAUUUUUUGUUUACUUAAAUUCUAGCUAUAAUUUUACAAUUGUGAAAUAUCUUGCUUUUCUUACCAAUAUUAUAUAGUUUGAAACAUUUUUACUUAAUAAAUGCUCUGUCAUUUUUUUUUGCGGGAAGCUUUUGAUCCAGACUCUUUUUUUAUAGAAUCUUAUUUUUCACCAGGAGGUGGCACUAUUUGGCUUGUUGUACGGUAAUUAUUUUCCUAAGCUUUCAUUCUAAAUAGGUCUUGAACUAGCACUUAUAGAAUUUUAGUAGAUAUCUAGUAAUUUAAUUCCUUUUUU